CCUUCGCUGCUCCCGGCUGGCUGCCAUCCUCCAGGCGGCCGGGGGCGCCCUGCGGUCCUCCAGUGCCGGAGCUGGGCAGGCCUGGAGCCGCCCCGCCCACGGCCGAGGUUUCGGUUUCCCGUGGGAGCCCCGCCCAGUGCCCCGGGAGCCCGAGGCGGCGGAGAUGAAUGGCGGGUGCUGCGGCUGGAAACCUGACCCCUGGGGGGUCGGAGCUCGUCGAGGGAUGCCGCUGGCUAUGCCCGGAGCACGGCGACCGCGUGACCGAGCUCUUCUGUCGCAGCUGCCGCCGCUGCGUGUGCGCGCUUUGCCCAGUGCUGGGCGCGCACCGCGGCCACGCGGUGGACCUGGCGUUGGAGGCGGCGGUGCACGUGCAGAAACUCACCCAAGAAUGUUUAAAGCAGCUGGCAAUCAAGAAGCAGCAGCAUGUUGAUGACAUAACCCGGAUAGAAGAUGCCACUGAGAAGCUCAAGGCUCAUGCAGAGUCAAGUAAAACCUGGCUGAAGGGGAUAUUCACUGAACUCAGAUUACUACUUGAUGAAGAGGAAACAGCGGCCAAGAAAUUCAUUGAUAAAAACACACAGCUGGCCCUCCAGGGGUACAGGGAACAAGUUGACUCUUGCAAAGAGCAACUUGACGUCACGAACGAUCUCUCCACCAGGGUCUGGAGUAUCAGCCAGGAGCCUGAUCCUGUCCAGAGGCUUCAGGCAUACACGGCCGCCGAGCACGAGAUGCAGCAGCAGAUGAGCCUCGGGGAGCUGUGUCACCCUGUGCCCCUCUCCUUUGAGCCCAUCAGGAGCUACUAUAAAGGUCUCAUGGAAGCCAUGCAGAGUACACUACAGACGCCACUGGACAUUCGCCUUAAGGAAAACAUGAACUGCCAGCUCUCAGACCCUUCCAGCACCAAGCCAGGUACCUUGCUGAAAACCAGCCCCUCACCAGAGCGAUCUGUCUUCCUAAAAUGCCAUUUUCGCGCUUCUCCAUUUUGUGCUUUGCACGUGCAUGGGUGGAUUCCCGGGGACCGGCCGCCGCGCUGGCCCGGCUCAUCAGGCGCAUCCCGUGUUCCGCCCCCUGCAGACGCGCGCACGCCCACGCUGGAUCUGGACACGAUGCACGCGCGCCUGCGCAUGUCUGCAGACCGCCUGACCGUGCGCUGCGGCCUGCUGGGCAGCCUAGGGCCCGUGCCCGCGCUGCGGUUCGACGCGCUCUGGCAGGUGCUGGCUCGCGACGGCUUCGCCGCUGGCCGCCACUACUGGGAGGUGGACGUGCAGGAGGCUGGCGUCGGCUGGUGGGUGGGCGCGGCCUACGCCUCCCUGCGGCGCAGCGGGGCCUCGGCCGCCGCCCGCCUGGGCUGCAACCGCCAGUCCUGGUGCCUCAAGCGCUAUGACCUUGAGUACUGGGCCUUCCACGACGGCCAGCGCAGCCGCCUGCGGCCCCGCGAAGACCUCGACCGGCUCGGCGUCUUCCUGGACUACGAGGCCGGCGUCCUCGCCUUCUACGACGUGACGGGUGGCAUGAGCCACCUGCACACCUUCCGCGCUACCUUCCAGGAGCCGCUCUACCCGGCCCUGCGUCUCUGGGAGGGGGCCAUCAGCAUCCCGCGGCUGCCCUAGGGGCCAGGACCAGCGUGACAGCCUCCAGGUCUGUACCUAGAUCAGCGUGGCUGGUCCCCUUACUGCCUACUUCUCAGGGCCCUCUCCCUGCCCCAGCCCUCCCCAACCGGUCACACCCACAGUGCUUUGAAGGGAUCUUCUCCUAGGCUAGUUUGAAACAUGCCCCAAACAAGUCCGCUGCUGCCCUCUUAUCAGACCUCCGCACCCCCACCCACCAUCACUUACUCUGCUUUAGUCCACCUCCUUCAAAGUGACAUACCCACAGAUAAGCCCUCAGCAUCCGGAACACAUCAUCCACCACCUGGGAACUUUCUCCCUUGUACAGCACAGGAACCUGGCACAUAGUAGGCACACAGUAAAUAUCUGUGAAUGAAUGAGUCAUCCAGCACUGACUCUUCUGUCCCUUGAGGUCUCUUGGAUCUACCGCUUCCUCCUCACCUAUUUCAUCUUGUCCACAUCACACCUUUCUCCAGAACAACUGUGAGAGCUUCUUAGCAGUUCCUGGUCUGAACCCUCUCCCAGUCCUCAUCUUCACCCUAAAACCAGGGUGCUCUUCCUAAAAUUUCACUUGUCAGAACUACGAAGAGGCUUCCAGGAGUUUCCAUGGAAAAACAAAAAAAUUCAAGCACCUCACCUUAGCAUUUAAGGCCUGUCUAGUCUGCUCAAAAUUACUUAUCCUCACCUAGCUCCUACCACUGUUCUUAGAGGCUCUCCAGUCAGAAAUGUGUCACGUAGCUCCACCUCCACACCUCUCUACUGCCAGCAUUCAUGCAGGAAAAGUCUUCACCUGUCUUAGUCUUCGCCAGGCUUAUCUGUGCCAGGAAGUCUCCCCAAACCACCAGAAUCUCACUAUCAGAGCCACCUGGUACCUGUCUUUCCAAGUAGAUUGGAAGCUUUGGAAGAUUAGCUUUGUCCUAUACUCUCUCCACCCUGAAAAGUUCAGAAAGCCCCCUUCCCUCCCAAGCAGUGAAUAACAACCAGCAGGUGCCUAUUACUGAGUCACAGAACAGCUGAGCUGGGAGGGCCUCACAGGUCACCCAGCCAGUUCUCGUUGUAGAUUUGGGGAGUCUGAGGUCCUAAAAGAAAGCAGAACUGCAUAAAGUUACCCCGUGGUGCUGUAGGGAGGCCAGGCCUGUGCGCCAUCCACCCACCCCCAGGCAAGCAACUGACCUGUCCACUGGCCCAGCCCUUAGGCCCAGCUUUCAACCUGGGAGAUUUUCUCAGGAGAUGCCGGAAAGGAAUCAGCAGGUGACCGUUGCUAAGCAACCAAAGGGGGUGGUGUUUCCCAACUCUUGGGACAGAAAGGGGAAGAGCGCCUUAAAUCCAGAUGUUGCCAAGGAAACCAGAGCGCCCAGCUGUCUGGAAUGAAGUGACAGAAAUAGAGAACAGUAGGCCCUCACACGGAGGCCUGCUCCUCUAGCAGGGAGGGGGAGGCCUCUUCCCAGGGCCUGUGUCUCCAUUCUGAAGGUUCUGCAUCCUGUUUUGUCAAUUCCCUAGAUGGUUUUCAAGUUAACAUUCUGUUAAAGCAUCUUCGUAGGUGCUUGGUAGGAAGGCAAAGCCAAAUCCUUGUGGUAUAGUUUGAACCAUAUAAAACUGACAAUUUUCAACAGUUUUUGAGUUUAAAAUGGCACUUUGAUAUGGGGCAGUGUAGCAGAAUAAUACCAGACAGACAAAACCUCGCAAAUGCCUUAACUUCUAACCAAAGACUUUAAAACUCUGGUUGAACAAUCUUAAAGCACUAUGCUGCUGGAAUAAUGAGAAAAAGGGAAAUUAAUUCUACUAGGAAUGGCUCACACUGAAUUGUGACAGGCAGAGGACAUUCCUGACAGAGGGAAGAUGAAUACACUUGACUCCCACAUCUCUGUCCAUCCCUGAUGACCAAGACCUCUUCCCAGACCCACAGCUGCAGGGGCCAAGUAAUAACAGCUCUUACUAGUUUGUAAGGCACUGUUCUAACGCUUUACAACAAAACUCAUCUGAUCCUUUCAUUAUCCCUAGGGAGUAGAAAGUUAUCCCAAUUCUAUACAUGGCAAAAUGGAGACCCAGAGUCACUUGCCCAAGGGUCACACAGCUAGUGGUGGAGCUGGGGUCUGGGUCCAGGCCAUUGAGUUCCAGGUUUGUGCUCAUGGCCACCACAAGGCCCUACUGCUCAGGGUGAAUGCAGCUGGUCUCUGGCCAGUGCCUGGUGCUCUGGCCUCUCUCAUGGAGCUACUGCCCAUGAUGCUUUCCUUUUGCCUGGUUAGUCUGCGAGACUUGAGUCUACCUUUGGAUUGCCUUCCUUGGGGUCUGAGAUGAGGCCUUAUGCCCAGAGGGGAACUUAAGUUUGGGAUUCAUGUAGCACAGACAGAGCUAGGCUGUAAAGGUCACAGACUGGCUAUAUCAAGACCCAUGCUGCCCAGAAAGCUGCAGUUUUAGUCCCUAAUCAACUGUGUGACCAGGACUAGUCAUGUUUUACUUCUCUGUGCCAUCUAUAAAAUGGGGAUAAUGGCACUGACUACCAGUGUUGUGAGGCUCAAAUGAGCCAAAGGUUAUUGACUUGCCUUAAAAACUAUAGUGCUGUAUCAUUUUUGUCAGCAUUCCCAAGGGAGCUCGCACUAUACUGACAGUGCCAAGACUACUGGUAUUCCCAGCUGCCAUGUGGCAGGAGCAGGAGCUACUAGAAUAUGCUCAGCACAGGAAUGAGGCUUCCUUGGUUUCCAUGUCUUUCAGAGUACUAAUCACUUACCUUAUUCUCUUUGAGACUUGUAGACAUUUCUUUAUUGAUAUGUCAAAUUGCUUGCAGUUAUCUUUCAAUGACAGCAAUUCUCUAAUAUUUGGUUUAAUAAAAUGUGAAUAAUGUCCCUUUUAA